AUCGAAAACAAAAACGUGAAGCCAAGUAAAAACUCCAAUCGCAGGCAAUAGCACGCACCGAAGGCGAAGUUUGCAUUUCGAAUUUCAAGUUCCCUGCUGCUGAGUGGAGUUUUACUGUGUGUGGUGCUGCCAUAAGUUUGAGUUUAGAGAAUGGUCAACUAUCUGGGCAAUGGACUUGUGACCUAUGGACUAUUUCUGAGCCUUCCUGUGAGAAUGUUGCUGUAUGCGGUCUUCCUUUACCUGGCCAAUGUGGCGGCCAUGUUGCAAUUGAUCCAGGAACUUUUGAUGCUAUCGCUGCAACUGCAACUGGUGGCGAUCAGAUACAUGUACCAUCCCCGGCUCUUUGUGGGUACACCAUUUCGAGAGAACCUACUGGACACACUGCAGUUCCUCAUGAACGGAUGGAGCCUGCUGCUGCACAUGCUCGCCCAAUCCUUGAGCUUCCCGUGCGCCGUUCUGGGACGACUCAGCCGGGUUUUCCGUUUCUGCGCCCGUAGUCGCACCUGGGCGACCAUGCUGCAGCCCAACUGAAGAACUCUGGAAACCCUGGAAACCCUGGAAACCCUGGACAGCCCCCAACGCUGAAAAAUUAUCCUGCGAGAGCAGGAUAAUUCCCAAGUGCAUGAAAUUUAAUGCUCAUUUUGUGGACUCAAAUCCGCAUACUUUAGCGAGGUACUUGAUGAACAGGAGGGUAUUUGGGUACUAGGCACAAGGCAACAUUGUCGGAAAAUUAAAAAAAAUUGAUUUUAAAACUAACUUUGCGCA